UUUUUUAGGAGUGUCCUGGGUAGUAUUUUCAACUCAGAACAUUUAAGGCGUUUUACAUACACGAGAUAACACACAAGCAUGUUCAGUAGGUCAAGCAAGUCCUUCCCGUUGUAUGACGAUGACGAUGACAUGGUGUCUGCGGCUGUGGACUGUGACCCUUACAUUGAUUGUUCUGACAUCUCUAACUUCAUCCAAAAGAACCAGCACCGCCUGCUCGGCGUGGACCGGAAAGUGCUACAGUGCUGCUACUCCGUGUUAGGCGGGGAGCCCGAGUGGGUGUGGAGGAACGCCAGUAUGGAGGUCUAUGGGAGAUACCUCACUGUCAAAUUCUACUCCGGAAGUCAGUCCAACAAAUAUGUUGUGUCCAUCAACAACGACGAGGUGACGUCACAGUGCGUCAACAGAGGGUUGCGUCUCAAGCUCCGAGACGGCUUCCGGUCAGUGUUCAGCUGGAUUGCGGACACGGCUAAGACUGUCCUUGGAGCGGUUGCUGGAGGUGGCAUGAGAAUGUUGACCUUUCAAUGAAUACAAUUUCUUGUUAAGAGUGUAUAUAUAAACAUUAAAUUAUUGAAAACAUACCUUGUCCCACGUUCGGGCAUUGAGAACAGAUGAGACUGUGAUAGAUUGAAACAUUCCAGGUUCCGGGAUCAGGAAAGUAACUUUAGUCCACAUUUGUCUUAACUUUUAAGAUUUAGACUUAAAACCAAAGCUUGUCUCAAAUUGGGGACCGUGAAUCUCGAUCCCAAUAUCCACUUGUACGUAAAUACAAAAGACAACACCCUCUCCACAUUCAUAGAAAAAUGUCUGCUGGAAAACAGAGUCGUCUGUACAAUUCUGAUUAUAUCAUGAGUACAUAUUUUACGUACAACAAGGCGUGUACAUAUUCUGCUUUGU